CUGAAGCAUUCGGACACAUUUUACUGACGCACCUCCCCGGUUUCCUUCUCAUUUUAGCAGUCAGGUGUACUAACUGUGGUUCGGGCGUCUUGAAAAACUAGGUAUAUUGUAUAUUUAUGCACAUAUAUUUAUGUCUCAGUAAGGUGCUGCUUAUCUGAAGUCAAGGAACCGUGUGUUUUUUUUUCAUUUUGUUCAUUGAUUCAUUGAUGUCUUGACUUGUCUUGUGGAAUGUCAUCAUAGUGCAAGGUGUUUUGAGGACAUAUCUGGAUUGAUGCCCGGCAGGUUAAGAUGGAACUGUCUGAAUCUGUCACACACAAGAACGGGAGGCUGCGGAAGCCUGUGGUGUCCAACUCUGAUAUGGGUGAAAGAGAAUCCAAGCUAGAAGUGGAGUGUGACGAGGAGGCUCUUCUACCAAACUCCGUCAGGGCUGAUGGACAAGCGAAAGCGUGUCACGGGAUCAAAGGAGAACUAGGCAGUGUGGCCCUGUUAUUGUUUUUGUAUGUGCUUCAGGGCAUUCCCUUAGGCUUGGCCGGGAGCAUCCCUCUCAUCAUGCAGAGUAAGAACGUUGGCUACAAGGACCAGGCCUAUUUUAGCUUCGUCUUUUGGCCCUUCAGUCUAAAGCUGUUCUGGGCUCCCCUGGUGGACUCGCUGUACCUGCGGCAGUUUGGCAGGAGGAAGUCGUGGCUGGUGCCCACUCAGUACCUGCUGGGUCUUUUUAUGCUUUACCUGUCAGUCACGGUUGAUGCAAUGCUUCAGACAGAUGGACAGAGUGGGCCAGAUGUGAUCGCACUGACUGCAGUCUUCUUCAUGCUGGCUUUCCUCGCAGCCACGCAAGAUAUUGCCGUUGAUGGCUGGGCUUUGACUAUGCUGUCCAGGGAGAAUGUGGGUUAUGCUUCCACUUGUAACUCUGUGGGUCAGACGGCUGGAUACUUCCUAGGAAAUGUGUUGUUUCUGGCUCUGGAGUCUGCUGAUUUCUGCAACAAGUAUCUGAGGUUUGAGCCUCAGGAACGGGGCAUUGUAACACUCUCAGAUUUCUUGUUUUUGUGUGGGAUUGUGUUCAUGGUAUCUACCACUCUGGUUGCUAUACUGAAAAAGGAAAACAACAGACACCAUCAUACUAAGAAGAAGCCAAAAGAGGAGACACAGAGUGUUAUGGAGACCUACAAACUGUUGCUCUCCAUAAUUAAAAUGCCCACUGUCUUUACCUUCUGCGUCCUAUUGCUGACUGCUAAGAUCGGUUUCUCUGCUGCGGAUGCUGUGACUGGGUUGAAGCUAGUGGAAGCCGGGGUUCCUAAAGAGCAGCUGGCUCUACUGGCAGUUCCCAUGGUGCCUCUGCAAAUCUUGCUGCCUCUAGUUAUUAGUAAAUACACAGCUGGGCCACGUCCACUAGAUGUUUUCUACAAAGCUUUCCCGUUCAGGCUGCUGAUUGGUCUGGAGUACGCCCUGCUGGUCUGGUGGACCCCAAGUGUUCGGCAGGAGGAGGGCUUUCCAGUGUAUUACUAUGCUGUUGUGCUGCUGAGCUAUGCAGUACAUCAGGUUAGUUUAUUUUUACUUUACACCCCUCACAUUUUUGUUGCCUGCAUGGCCUUUCAUGCCAAGGUCAGUGACCCUGUGAUAGGGGGCACCUACAUGACCCUUCUGAACACUGUGACUAAUCUAGGAGGGAACUGGCCCUCUACUCUAGCUCUAUGGCUGGUAGACCCUCUCACCUUUAAAGAGUGCCAGGGAGCCCCCGAGCAGACGUGCGGUUCGGUUGAAGAAGCAGGGCUCUGUGUCAGAGAGGGCGGCACAUGUGUGACAACACUGGACGGUUACUACGUUGAGUCUGUGGUGUGUGUUUUGAUCGGUCUCUGCUGGUGGAUGUUCUUUGGGAAAAGAAUGAAACGGAUACAAGAAGAGAGCCCCUCUGCGUGGCAUUGCAGGGUUGUCAAAUAACAUAAUCUGUACUGGACUGGACCGUUCCUUGUCUGAGUAACUACUUAUUUUUGUCAUGCUACAGCAGGCCUGUAGACAGGCUUUGAACUCUUUGAUGACUGAAAUAGUAGAAUAUACUGUACUAUUAAAUUCUUAGCAUAUCUGUUGCAUUAUCCCCAAGAAUCAGAGCUUUUAUGCCAAAUUGAAAUCUGUAAAUCUAGAGAUGGCACUAGCUUAUGUGUGAAGUACAUGAUACACAGGAAUGGCAUGACAUUCACUGCUCCGCUGCCUAUUUAAUCAAGCAUUUGUCUUGAGUUCCUGUGCCUUGUGCUUUUCUGUUUCUAAUAUCAUAGUUUUUUCCCAAAAAGACUGUGGGUCUUCUGACAUCAUACAUGACAUAUGCAUGAAGAAGUAGUUGCUGCAAAAUUCACAUCUCAGCUUUUAUGCUUUUUCUCCAGAAAGACUUGAUUCUAAUCGAGCUCUUCAGGUGGAAUGUACAUAUUUAUGCAGUUAGACCCAAAUUGCCUCAGCAAUCACAUAAUUGUGAAUGAAACUGGUUGUAGUACUAUUGAAAUUGGUUAUAGAGGUGGAAAUGGUUUUAUGUUGUUUUCUGUUAUGUAUAUAAAUCGCAGUUAUCUUAAAUGACCCAGCUAUCAAUAUAAAAAGCAAGUGAAGAAAGUUAAAGAUAACUUCUGCAAGAACAGGAAAAAAAUAAUAUUGACAAAGACUAUAUUUGCUUUUUUUGUUUUGUUUUUGGUCUUUUUCUUUGUGUUUUUAUGGCCAGUCAAGUUUGAAUGUGUAUAACUGAACUUAAUAUUCAUGAAACCAGCUGUGUCUUUUAAGACAACAAAUUUUGUUAGCGCUACCAAACCCCAUGUCAACAAAAUUAAUCAUUAGAUUUUCUAUAAAUGAUUUAGACUUUUCAGCAGCGGAGAAGAAAGCCUAGAAUUUACAACUUUAACGUUUGUUAUUGGUUGACCAGGAUAUUUAUACAAUCACCAGCACUUUAACUAAAAGUUGGUUUUCACUGAUAACUAGGAAUAAUUUCAAGAGAUUGUUCACCCAAGACUGAUUAUUCAGUCAUUAGUUACUAAUCUUCAUUCUUCAAAACUGUAUAACUUUCUUUAAUAAACACAAAAGAGGAUAAAUUAGGCACAAUUUAAAUACUGUUGGUAAACAAACAGCUUUUUUUUUGUACCCCCUCCAUACUAUGGAAGUCAAUGGCUACCGGCAA